AUGUGAUUAUACAUUUUUCAUAAUGGAGGAUAUUUUGUUAUUGUUUGUAACAACGCUUGCUUUAGUUACCGCCGGAGAACUUCCAUUUCGGAAUACCUCAUUGUCAUGGCAUGACAGAGUCAACGAUCUUAUCAACCGACUCACAAUAGAAGAAAUAAUGGUGCAGAUGAGUAGAGGUGGGUCCGGACCCCAUGGUGGUCCAGCACCAGCUAUACCUAGACUUAAGAUUGAUCCUUGGAGUUGGAAUACCGAAUGUCUUCGUGGAGAUGGGAAUUCUGGUAAUGCCACGGCUUUUCCACAGGCGUUAGGAUUAGCUGCUACAUGGAGCACAGACGUAAUCCACAACGUUGCUGAAGCUACAAGUAUAGAAGUUAGAGCUAAAUAUAACUUCUUUCGAGAAAAUAAACAUUAUGGUGACCACAAGGGAAUCAGUUGUUUUAGUCCUGUAGUUAAUAUUAUGAGACAUCCACUAUGGGGACGGAAUCAGGAGACAUAUGGAGAAGAUCCCCUCCUGUCAGGAACUCUAGCUUAUAGUUUUGUCCAGGGAUUACAAGGAAGAAAUCCACGUUAUGUCAGAACUAAUGCUGGCUGUAAACACCUGGAUGUCCAUGGGGGACCGGAAAAUAUUCCUGUAUCUAGAUUCUCAUUUGACGCAAAGGUGACGGAAAGGGAUUGGAGAUUGACAUUUCUACCUGCUUUUAAAAAGUGUGUGGAAGCUGGAACUUACAGUUUCAUGUGUAGCUUCAAUAGGAUAAAUGGGGUGCCAGCAUGUGGUAACAGAAAACUCCUGACAGAUAUCCUCCGUAAAGAGCUUGGAUUUACAGGUUACGUGGUGAGUGACCAGGCUGCUAUAGAGAACAUCAUAGACUAUCACCACUACACCAAUAACUCUAUAGACACAGUAGCUUUGUGUGUAAAUGCAGGGUGUAACUUGGAAUUGUCAACCAACUUGGAGAAACCUAUCUAUUUUUCUAUGCUUGAUGCAAUCAAAGCUGGAAAAUUGUCAAAAGAAACAGUUUUAGAAUCAGUGAAGCCAUUAUUUUACACCAGAAUGAAGCUUGGAGAAUUUGAUCCUUUGAGAAUGAAUCCUUACAACUAUCUUGAUAUGUCAUUAGUGCAGAGUGAGGAUCACAGACAGAUUGCUUUAGAUGCCGCUAAGAAAUCGUUUGUACUUCUGAAGAAUAAUGGUAGCUUUCUACCACUGACGAAAAUGCGAAAGAGAAUUGCAGUUUUAGGACCCAUGGCAAAUAAUAUAAACCAGCAGUUCGGUAACUACAACCCAGAUGUUAUGCCAAUGUAUACCACAACUCCAUUGGGUGGUCUGAAGCAGUUGGCAGAUGUCACUAACUUCACAGCCGGAUGUAAAGACAACAGGUGCACCCAUUACAGCAGUUCAGCAAUAAACUCAGCAGUGCAAAAUGUUGAUGUCAUAUUUAUUUGUCUCGGAACAGGACAAGAAAUAGAAAGUGAAGAUAACGACAGAAGGUCCAUGGAGCUUCCGGUCAAUCAGUCUCAAAUUGUUAAAGACGCCAUUCGAUUUUCUGGAUCAAGUCCAAUUGUACUUUUGCUAUUCAAUGCUGGUCCAUUAAAUAUAACUUGGAUGGAUGAACAUCCGCGUAUUUAUUCCAUUAUGGAAUGCUUUUUUCCUGCUCAAGCGACUGGUGAGGCCAUUAAACAGGUUUUAACCAACAGUGGAAACAACUCCAAUCCUGCAGGAAGGCUGCCAUUUACGUGGUAUAUGUAUAAGAACCAGAUUCCAUCAAUGACAGAUUAUUCCAUGUCCAAGAGAACCUACCGAUAUUUUACAGGAAAACCGCUAUAUCCAUUCGGCUAUGGAUUAUCAUAUUCCAAAUUUUAUUAUUACAACGCAUGGAUGAAACCAUCUAUCACAGCUGGAACCAAACAAGGGAUUAGAAUUGAAGUUGGCAAUAAUGGUCCAUAUGCCGGAGAUGAGAUAGUACAGAUUUACCUUAAAUGGACAAACAUCACACAAGAGAUGCCAAAUAUUCAGUUAGUGUCAUUCAGGAGAGUACAUCUUGAACCAAAACAGGUGUUGAAUUUUCUGUUAUAUAUAUCACCUGAAUCUAUGGCUGUGUGGGAUGACAAGGAAGGAUUUGUUAUUGAACCAGGAAAGAUACAAUUAUUUAUAGGCGGACAGCAACCUGGACAAUCUCGAGUUACAUCUUCAAAUAUACUUAUCAGGCAAUUCACUAUAAUAGACAGAAAAGUCCUUAAUAAAUACAGUGAGAUGCCAAAGCAUUCGUAGCAUAUGAAUUUGUUAAACAACUUUUGUUUUAUAGAAUAUAGAUUGAUUUACAUAUAAUUUGAAAAUUACUAAUGGAUGGAAAUGUGAUCCAAUUCUCAUUCAUUUAUCCAAUAUAAUAAACAUCUUUUAUUUA